ACAGGAAGCCCAACCCUGGAGUUUUUACCUAAACAACAUCCUCAAAUGAACAGCCAUGUCGAAGGCUUUGAAGAAACUCGUCGAUGAAACGAAAGAACAAGGCUACACGGAGCUGGAUCUGUGUGAUAAAGGCAUAUCAAGUCUGAAUGAUAUAUCGAAUCUAACGACAGCACGACAUCUUGUCCGGCUCACCCUCAGUCAUAACAAGAUUACGAGUCUUCCUCAAGCGAUUGUAGAGCUUCAAAAUUUGGAGACAUUAAUUCUAUUUAAUAAUCAUAUUGAGGAACUUCCGAUUGCACUUGGGUCCCUACCAAAGCUAAGACAUCUAAAUGUUGCGGUAAAUAGACUAAGCUCCCUUCCUAAAGGCCUCGGCACAGCUUCUGCUCUGGAGAUCCUAGACCUCACUUACAAUAAUCUCAACGAAAAAUCAUUACCUGGGAAUUUCUUUAUUAUGUCUCAACUUCGAGCUCUGUACUUUGGUGACAAUGAUUUUGAGAUGAUCCCACCUGAAAUAGGGCAGCUGAAGAAUCUACAAGUUCUUGUUUUCCGAGACAAUGACCUGAUAUCACUACCACCGGAGAUUGGAGAACUAAAAAGUUUAAGAGAGCUCCACAUUCAGAACAACAGACUGAUGGUGCUGCCUCCUGAAUUAGGGGCCUUGAAUCUUGGAAGUCCUCGCCAUGUAUUCAAAGCUGAGGGAAAUCCAUGGAUUCAACAACUAGAUGAUCAGAUUAUCCUUGGCCCAUUCCAUGUGAUGGACUACAUCAAAACAGAUGGAUACAAAACGGUUUAUGAGAAACACCUAGAGUCACCACCCAUGCCACCAGCAAAAGAGGAAAAGUUUAAAGUAUCCAAGAAGAGCAGGAAGAAGUAGAUAUAUUUUUUAGAGAAAGCAAGAGUUCUAAACUUUUCAAUCUUUUCCUGCAUCCCCCAAAAAACAUUUAUAUACACAUCUUUUCUACCACUUUGUAUAAAGAAAAUUUAAAAAAGGUCAUUAUCUGAACAAUUAGAAGAUGUGGAAGAAACAAUGCAUGGUCUGAUGUUUUUUUAUUAUUAUUUAGGUAUUGUAUUUUUUUUAAUUUACAAAGUGAAAGUUUCAAAUAUGAAAGUAAUUUCUUGUAAAUUGAGUUGAGCACAAAGAUAACAGUAGCGAUCGUUUUUUAGUUAUAACAAUAAUUUUCAAAAUGCCAAAUAUCAAAUCAAAAAAGAUUCACAUUGUUAAAAUGGCUCUUAACUAAUAGUCUCCUUUAAGUUUUAAUACCUAAUUGUAGUCAACAGGUGAAUGUCAAAAGUUGUUAAAAAGGGUGUAUUUACAGGUUAGUUUUCAUCUCAUCUGGAAUUUGCAUCCUAUCAAAUCUUGGUGAAACUGGCUGAGGUUUCUCCACAAUGACAGACUCUAGACCCAUCCCACUUUCACAUCGCUUCACCUCAGGCAGGUUAAUUGCCUCUCCUUUGAUCAAGAAUGUGUCAUCUGGUACAAACCCAGGGAAGUACUUGCUUGCAUAGUGGAAACCUGCUGCUAGGGUGCUGCCAGUAACUGGGCCUACCAAAUACACCUGUCAACACAGAGAAGGGCAAUUGUUCAGUUAUUGUUGAAAAACCAAGGGUUGUUUAUCUCAUCAAUGAACGCUGUUAGUCUAUUUAUAACAUCUACAGUUCAAGCCUGUGUUUUGGUGCAUGCAAGUCAAGAGGCAAGCAUCCAUGUCUUUUAGUAAGAUGGUUGAUUGGUUUCAGUUUCUCAAUCUUUUGCCUAAUUUUGCUAGGAAAGUCAGGGAGGGUGGGGAAUAAAGUGGAUUUUGCUCAUUUA